AUGGAAUCGAUCUCUAUGAUGGGAAGCCCUAAGAACCUUAGCGAAACUUUUUUGCCAAAUGGCAUAAAUGGUAUCAAAGAUGCAAGGAAGGUCACUGUGGGUGUAAUUGGAAGUGGGGAUUUUGCCAAAUCGCUGACGAUUCGACUUAUAAGGUGUGGCUAUCAUGUGGUUAUAGGAAGUAGAAAUCCCAAGUUUGCUUCCGAAUUUUUCCCUCAUGUGGUUGAUGUCACUCAUCAUGAAGAUGCUCUCACAAAAACAAAUAUAAUAUUUGUUGCUAUACAUAGAGAACAUUACACCUCCCUUUGGGACCUGAGACAUCUGCUUGUGGGUAAAAUCCUGAUUGAUGUGAGCAAUAACAUGAGGAUAAACCAAUACCCAGAAUCCAAUGCUGAAUAUUUGGCUUCAUUAUUCCCGGAUUCCCUGAUUGUCAAAGGCUUUAAUGUUGUCUCGGCUUGGGCACUUCAGUUAGGACCUAAGGACGCCAGCCGGCAGGUCUAUAUAUGCAGCAACAAUAUUCAAGCUCGACAACAGGUUAUUGAACUUGCCCGCCAGCUGAAUUUCAUUCCUGUUGACUUGGGAUCAUUAUCAUCAGCCAGGGAGAUUGAAAAUUUACCCCUGCGACUCUUUACUCUCUGGAGAGGGCCAGUGGUGGUCGCCAUAAGCCUAGCCACGUUUUUCUUUCUUUAUUCCUUCGUCAGAGAUGUGAUACAUCCAUAUGCUAGAAACCAGCAGAGUGAUUUUUACAAGAUUCCUAUUGAGAUUGUGAAUAAAACCUUGCCCAUAGUUGCAAUUACUUUGCUGUCCCUGGUAUACCUAGCAGGUCUCCUGGGAGCUGCUUAUCAGCUUUAUUAUGGCACCAAGUAUAGGAAAUUUCCGCCUUGGUUGGAGACCUGGUUACAGUGCAGAAAGCAGCUUGGAUUACUAAGUUUUUUCUUCGCUUCGGUCCAUGUUGCCUACAGCCUCUGCUUACCAAUGAGAAGGUCAGAGAGAUACUUGUUUCUCAACAUGGCUUAUCAGCAGGUUCAUGCAAAUAUUGAAAACUCUUGGAACGAGGAAGAAGUUUGGAGAAUUGAAAUGUAUAUCUCCUUUGGCAUAAUGAGCCUUGGCUUACUGUCCCUCCUGGCAGUCACCUCUAUCCCGUCAGUGAGCAAUGCUUUAAACUGGAGGGAAUUCAGUUUUAUUCAGUCUACACUUGGAUAUGUCGCUCUGCUCAUAAGUACUUUCCAUGUUUUAAUUUAUGGAUGGAAACGAGCUUUUGAAGAAGAGUACUACCGGUUUUACACCCCACCAAACUUUGUUCUUGCUCUUGUUUUGCCCUCAAUUGUAAUUCUGGGUAAGAUCAUUUUACUCCUUCCAUGUGUAAGCCGAAAGCUAAAGAGAAUUAAAAAAGGUUGGGAAAAAAGCCAAUUUCUAGAAGAAGGUAUUGGAGGAGCAGUCCCUCAUCUCUCACCGGAGAGGGUUACAGUAAUGUGAUGAUAAAUGGUGCUCAUUGAUGCCCUGUAGAGUUCCAUUCGUGCCAUUGUUUUUAUGACUUUCUUUAUGUCAUUUGCAAGUGCACUGUCAAAUUGAUGUGGGCUGAAUUCUGUCCAGUAAGAUCUCAACCAAAUUAGUGGUAGGAGUUUCUUGAAAUUAAUUUUCACAGAUGUCAUAUUUUGGCAAUGUGAAUUUUUGUUGUCAACUUGUCCAUUUUGUUUUGCACAACCAUAACACUCCUGUCGUUUUAACAAACUGUAUUCCAUAAUCAGGCAAAGAUAUUUCUGGUUAAUAAUAUAGAUACACCAUAAUGUUAAAAAGAAAACCAGCAGAAUUUUAAGUUUUAGUAUAAUUUAAUGGAUAUAUAUUUUUUUUUUCUGAAGCUUACUUAAGGUUUUAAUUGUUAUCCAGCUCAAGAAAUAGAAAUGCAUAAUCACACAUUAACUUUAAGAAAGGUCACAUUACAUUAGCAUCUAGGCAGGGGUAAAUGGUAACAUUCCUAUAUUUUUCUCAUAAGAUCGAUUUUGAAGAAUGUAAUUGUAUGAACCAGUGUGAUCUGUGAACAAACACAAAUUAAAAAAAAUAGAAUCUGAAAUUAUAUUUGAAAUGCAAUGGAGACAUGAAAUGCAUACUGAUAAUAUGUACCUCGUGAAAGAUUUUAUUCCUUAUCUUGUUACAGAGCAGUUUCAUUUGCCUGUUAUUAUGUUGGUUAGGGAGAAGACCAUGAUAUUUGGCUUCCAAAAGUGAUUUUUCUAAUGUGGUACCAAGCCUGGGAAUCUUACAGUUGUUUUCACUUAGAGGGAAGGUGUGAAGUUUACCCACCAAUAGUUGUUUGUCAGCUGAUCUACGUUGUUGCACGUUGGUCAGACCCCACUUUUAUCUGCUAUAAGAUUUUACUGACAUUCGCUGAGGGAUGGUAACAUGCCAGGCACUGUUCUAAGCAACUUUACUUAUAUUAUCCCAUGUUGAUAUUUACAACAACUCCACGACAGAGGUAGUUACUAUCCUCAUUUUACGUAUGAGAAAACAGAAGGAUAGAAGAGUAAUUUGCCCAAGGUCAUGCAGUUAGUAAGAGGCAGAGCCAGCAUUCAAGUCGAGGCAGUCCCAUUUCAGAGGCUCCAGUUUUAACCACCAGGCUGAUGGUCCCUGCUCCAUCCCCAUGCGUUACCAUAAUGAUGCCAAUCUGGAUGCUUCCUCUUUGGUCAGUAAAGGCAUUGACAUUCUUUACAGUGUGUUGUGGGUAUCAAAAAUUUAUGAAAAUAUUACAGUCAUAAAUUUAUGAUUGCUUGUGGGAUAAACUACAGUUCCUUACCUUGCAAGAGGAUCUUGUCUGGGACAUGACCUUGGAGACCCAUGGUGGUCCAAUACGAUUCCCUAUGCAGUGAGGGACUCCAGCAGAGUAGGACCAUAGCAGUUUUAAUGAAUGGCUGAGGUCCUACAGAAUCUUUAAAAAUCCCUGUAGAGUUUUUUUCUCUUCCUGAGAAGUCCUCCUGCCUGUUCAACCGUUCAUUAGGGAGCAGUUUGCAAGCAUUAAGGAUAUUAAGAAAAGUGGUUAGGGGCGCCUGGGUGGCUCAGUCAUUAAGCGUCUGCCUUCUGCUCAGGUCGUGAUCCCAGGGUCCUGGGAUCGAGCCCCGGCAUCGGGCUCCCUGCUCCACGGGAGGCCUGCUUCUCCCUCUCCCACUCCCCCUGCUUGUGUUCCCUCUCUCACUGUGUCUCUUGUCAAAUAAAUAAAUAAAAUAUUUUAAAAAGUGGUUAAUUAUAAAUCUCUAGAGAUAUAAUAAUCAUACAUAUUAUUCAUAAAAUUUUUUAGUGCUGACAUUCCACAUUAAAAUUGCAUUUUGUUCAAACCUUGAUUAGAAUGCCCGACAUUUUUUUCCCAUUUGUUCUUUCCUUAUUAAACUAGAAAGUUGCAGAUAAGAUACAAGUAUAUGCAUUAUGUAAUUAUAUAUCCUGAAAUUAUAACUUUUCUAAACUUACCCACUGAGGUACUACUGAAUCCAGCCAAAAUAAAAGGAGUUUUGGUGUGGGGGCAGAGGGAGAGAGAGAAUCUUAAGCAGGCUGCUCACCCAGGGGCCCAAUGGGGGGCUUGAUCUCAUGACCUGAGCCAAGAUCAGGAGUCGGACAACUAACCAAGUGAGCCACCCAGGCAUCCAUAGAAGGAGUUUUAUCUAGUUGGAAGCUACCUUCCCCACCAUUGGCUCUUUCCCUACUGCUGCACCCUGUCAAUUUGGUAAAUCACUCAUGAGUCUCUGGUGUUCUCUUCUUGGUGAAUUUAAGUAUCUUGUACUUCUUAAUUGAGCUCUCCAUUUUCUUUAUUUUAAUUCUGUUCUUUCCCUCUUGAUAAUCACUUACUUGCUAGUUUUUAGUAGGAAUUCAGUUGGGUGAUAACUUUUAAAGGGAAAUACCCAUAAACUGUUGUAGGGCAUUACUGAAGUUAACAGCAUAUUUUCAAUAUUUGCUCCUCAAGUUUCACUCUCAAGACCAUGCUUUCACCAGUUAAUGUGAAAAUACAAUGAAAUAUUCUUAAAAGUUAGAUGACUAUUGAAUUAUAUUGUUGCAUGUGUAUAUUAAGUAGCCAAUAAUAUAAAUAACAUUAUCACUACUACAGAUAAAUGGGGCCUUUGAAAAUGUGAAAAUAAAAACAAAAUUUAUGAAAA